CACUCUGACCUUUCACGCCCACUGUAAAAAUCAUACUCCUUCCUCAGCCGAAACUUUCUUCUACUCCGCCACUUUCUACGAAACAUCUUGUCCAGGGGAGAAGAUCAGAGGGUCGUAAAAUUCCCAUUUCCUUUUCUAAUAAUUUUCUCUCUUGCCAAACAGAAAACAAGAAAUGUUGGCGGCAAAAUCGCUAAUAAACCGUCCUUCGCCAAUCUCUUUCCCAUCUACCAAAUCCCCAAAAAUCCCACACUUAGCUAGACCUAGCCUCUCAUUUUCAUUUCCCGGCUCUUCCCGUGGAAAAUUCUCGUGUUCUCUCUCAGCCACGAACUCGGUGGUCCAACAACAACAACAACAACACAGUGUUGACUCGUCGUCCACUCCUGGUCAGUUCCGAGUCGAUAUUCUCUCCGAAUCGUUGCCUUUCAUCCAGAAAUUCCGCGGCAAGACUAUCGUGGUCAAGUAUGGCGGCGCAGCUAUGAAAUCCGAGUCCCUUCAGGCUUCCGUAGUCAAUGACCUCGUUCUUCUCUCUUGCGUCGGUCUUCGUCCCGUAUUGGUCCACGGCGGUGGACCGGAGAUCAACCAGAUGCUUGAACGUCUCAAAAUCGAGGUCAGCUUCCACGACGGUCUCCGAGUCACUGACGCCGCGACAAUGGAGAUAGUGUCCAUGGUUUUAGUUGGAAAAGUGAACAAGAACUUGGUCUCUUUGAUCGACCGAGCCGGGGUCAAAGCCGUUGGGCUUUGCGGCGCUGAUGGUCGGCUCGUGACGGCUAGACCAGCACCCAAUGCAGCCAAAUUGGGGUUCGUAGGCGAGGUGGCCCGGGUCGACCCGACAAUUCUAUGGUCUAUAGUAAACGACGGGCACAUUCCGGUGAUAGCAUCGGUGGCGGCGGAUGAGUCCGGCCAACAAUACAACAUCAAUGCGGAUACGGUGGCCGGCGAAUUGGCUGCGGCAUUGGGUGCUGAGAAGCUGAUUCUGCUGACGGACGUGGCUGGGAUUCUUGAAAACCGCGACGAUCCGAAGAGUUUGGUGAAGGAGGUUGAUAUUAAGGGUGUGAAGAAGAUGAUGGACGAGGGUAAGAUCGGCGGUGGGAUGAUUCCCAAAGUGAAUUGCUGCGUACGAUCGCUUGCACAGGGGGUGAGAACAGCAAGUAUCAUCGAUGGCCGUGUACCGCAUUCGUUGCUGCUGGAGAUUUUGACCGAUCAAGGAACUGGGACGAUGAUUACUGGGUAAUCCUUUUUUAGAGCUAUGGUAAUGACAAAAAAAACAAAUAAUAAAAAUAAAAAAGAGUUUGGUUAUGUAGAAGUAAACCAUGCAACUCACUCUUUUUGUGGGGGUUGAUUUUCUAGCGGAUGUACCUAUGACUUUGGCAUUACUGUUUGAAUGGAAUUUCGAAGCUGGUACUUCUUUUGAUUUUGA